AUGCCUUCUCUUCGUCGCAGCGUCCAAGGCCGGGCUGCCGCUGCCUCUCGCCAGCCCCUUACUACCGUCAUCGACAACAACGACCGCGGGCGCUCUUCUCGUCGCACGUCCACCACCCGCGCGCGUCAAGCCUCCUACUCCUCCCGCCAGGGAAAAAGGCCCAAGAGAACUUCUAUCGCAGCCUUGGAGGAAUCGGACCUGGAGGACUCCGCGUCGGAGUUCCACCCCUCCGACUGCCAGGCGGACACCGACAGCGACGAUGAGUGCACGCUGGACACCAGCGGCGACUCGCCGAGCCCCGACCUCCUGGCCAAGCCCAAGCGGAGGAAGCCGGGCCCGCCGAUGCGGUUCGUCGACGACAGCCCUCGCUCGUUCACGGACAGCCCUCGCCCGUUCACCAAGGACAGCGCGGCGAGCGACGCCGAGGUCACAUCUCGCGCCAGCGGCAUGCUCGGCGGCGCUCGGCGCUCAUUCCACCCCGGGGUGGUCAGCACCGAGCUCCGCUGCUUCCCGCCCGCCUUCCUCCGCGGCUCCGCCUUCCUCCGCGGCUUCGACGACUGCUCGCCCCGCGACGACGGGCCANUGGCCAAGCCCAAGCGGAGGAAGCCGGGCCCGCCGAUGCGGUUCGUCGACGACAGCCCUCGCUCGUUCACGGACAGCCCUCGCCCGUUCACCAAGGACAGCGCGGCGAGCGACGCCGAGGUCACAUCUCGCGCCAGCGGCAUGCUCGGCGGCGCUCGGCGCUCAUUCCACCCCGGGGUGGGUGGGUCGUCCUCUCGCGGCGCGGGCGGGGCUUCUCACCACCGUCCUCGUCAAGCUGUUGCUCGUACACAGUCAGCACCGAGCUCCGCUGCUUCCCGCCCGCCUUCCUCCGCGGCUCCGCCUUCCUCCGCGGCUUCGACGACUGCUCGCCCCGCGACGACGGGCCAGCGUCCCACCUCUGGCGGCACGGACCAACCUGGACACGGUGGGGAAGGCGGCUCUUCUCGCCGUGCGUCCGACCCCAGCACCUCGGCUGCCGCCGAGGGGCUGUCGUCCCAGGGACGCGGCAGCUCUACGGCUUCCCGAGGGCGUGCCGUCGGCUACGCCUCCCUCGAGGGAUCGGCACAAGCCACGACUUGGGGAACUGCUGACUUAUGUUCGGCCCCGCCCAGCUUCACCCGGAUCGGGGGAGGGUCUUCAUACACGCCGGGAGGAGGCGACGGACGUGUAAGCUCAGUGGCCAUCACCUCGGAUAUGAGCGGCGAAUCAUUGUACCAGGCACUGGUUGCUGUGGGCAUCUCGCUUGUGUCCAAGGCGACCCUCCUCGGCAUUCUCAUGUCCGCCGUGGCACCCUCACACCAGGAGUCACACCAGCAGCUGGCGGUACAGGACUUCCAGGACUCCGUGCUGGACUUCCCGGUUUCUGCGGCGGGCCACCGGAAAACGAUACCUCAAGGCGUUCCACGUCUACGGGGGACGCGAAACACUCCCCAAGCAGUUUACGAGGAAGUGCCGCUAGUCCUGCACAUGCUCUGCGAUGCGGAAACCCUGCAGGUGGAGACCGCCGGGGAGGUGGAGACCUACCAGUGCCUCGCGGAGCGGCGGUUGCAGGCCUUCGCUCACCGCAUGAACGGAGGCUUUAAGACCAAGAAGGCUAAGGAGUUCCAGAAUGCGUCACGGGCCACGGGCCAGUUCCGCUUCGCCGAACCCAUCCUGCGCGUCCCGAAGAAGGACUUCACGAAGAAGAGCAUCGUCGCCCACAUCGCGCCGUUCGCAGGCAAGCUUUUCCCACCCAGCCGUAUUUUGUUUGUCACAUCCUCAAUACAGCUCAUUCGGCGUUCAGACUAGAUCGAUACGGACCCCCCCGAUCCGUCAAACUCAAAGCCCUGUCCACAAAGAGACCGUCAUCCUCGCACUAAUCUUGACGUCUUCUGAUCAUGACGUUAUCGCGUUCGCUUGUCUUUUCCGCUCGACAAUCGAACGCAAGCGGGAAGACCGACCUCUCUGGCCCCGAGGUCUCGAACGAGGGCGACGAGGAGAUACUGGUUCGCGAGACGCCCUUCGACCGCCCCGACGAUGUUAUCGUCGAGGUGAGCGACCUCGAGGAGUACCUCAUCAACAUGUCGCCCUAAGUUCAAGGCGACAUGUUGUUGAGGUACGGGUUAACCGCCGAUGAAGUUCAGGGCGACAUGUUGAUGAGGCACUCCUCGAGGUCGCUCGCGUCGACGAUAACAUCGUCGGGGCGGUCAAAGGGCGCCGGCAGCUUUUGUCUCCACACAAGUAUGCCUGACAAGUUUUGNCUCGACAAUCGAACGCAAGCGGGAAGACCGACCUCUCUGGCCCCGAGGUCUCGAACGAGGGCGACGAGGAGAUACUGGUUCGCGAGACGCCCUUCGACCGCCCCGACGAUGUUAUCGUCGAGGUGAGCGACCUCGAGGAGUACCUCAUCAACAUGUCGCCCUAAGUUCAAGGCGACAUGUUGUUGAGGUACGGGUUAACCGCCGAUGAAGUUCAGGGCGACAUGUUGAUGAGGCACUCCUCGAGGUCGCUCGCGUCGACGAUAACAUCGUCGGGGCGGUCAAAGGGCGCCGGCAGCUUUUGUCUCCACACAAGUAUGCCUGACAAGUUUUGGAGUGGGUUUCGGAGGGGAGAGACUUUAACCUCGAAGUUGCUGCUGGUAUUGCUUUGCGCGGAGUUAAUGUGUUGGCUCUCACAGAGCUUCACUGCUGGGUUGUCUCGUGUCCCCCAGGGGGUUGAUGCAGUUAAGAUAUUUACGCCCUGUCGCGGAGGAUGGCAUCGUCCUGGACACCCGACCUCACCUCUGCGCUCUUUCUGUAUGAUUAUUUUGGAUGCGUCGGAGCUACAUUUCUUUUAUACACCGGCGGCGUAAUACGUCGCGCAAUGGAGACCUGCGCGACGUUCGUGGUGAUGGUGAAUGAUGCAUGUUGCUCAGGAUGUAGGCUGCUCUGUCGCCUGGUUGGUCAGCACGGCAACGUUUGUCUGUUGCUUAUUUUUUCUGUGUGAUCUACUUCUGCAUUUUAGUGAAGUAGGCGGUUGGUGGCGGGUCUUUUUCCUCGUCUAUCUGUGACCGACGGCGGAAGCCUUCGGCGGCUUCGGGGAGGGGGUUGUUCUUGAUACCUAGGUGAAUCUCUGGGGCGGAUACAUGUCUGCAUUAGUCUUGUUUGAUGACAUCAGUUCGUACUAUACCUGUGAUCAUGAUGAUGUGAUGAUACGUUUGGUCGAGUAAAAUAUGCUGUUGGGGUGGCGCUUGGCGCGUCCCACACACAGCGUUUGCGGUCUUCGUCUUUUAUGUUUUUGAUUCUCUCCAAGGGGGGUUGUUGAAUGCGUCCACAGUCCACGUCGAUUCUUUUGGCGUCACGUCCCGGAGUGAGUGUCGGAUUAUGCUUUUUGUUUUUCCUGUGUACCUUUGAUACAUGUCUCGCGCAGCUCUCGAAUAGAGUAGUGUUGUGCGCGUCAUAUAUAUACGAAACGGAGAGGGCAUUGUAUCACCAGGUACUCUUCGCUGUUUCGUGUACGGAGUGUAGAGAUGCGUCGAAUGACGGAAAAUCUUAGGACAGAUGGACCGGUGUGUCAUGGAUUUGAUACUAGCGCCGGCUGUUCUUUUCGGUCUAUACUCCGGCGUGUACUUUGUCAUCCUUCGUGUUUCCUGUUUGCGUAUCAAGCAUGUUGCCGGUGCUGCGGGAGUCACUGUAACCGUAGGAAACGGAGAAAAUAAAAUCGUUUCGAA